GUGGGGUUCGCGGCCCGCGGCCCUCGGCUCCCCCGGCCCCAUGGCGGGCCCGGCGCCUCCCGCCGCCGACGAGCUGCCCGGCCCGGCCCGGCGCCUCUACUCCAGGAUGGAGGCCUCGUGCCUAGAGCUGGCCCUGGAGGGUGAGCGGCUGUGCAAGGCGGGCGACUUCAAGGCGGGCGUGGCCUUCUUUGAGGCCGCCGUGCAGGUGGGCACCGAGGACCUGAAGACGCUGAGUGCCAUCUACAGCCAGCUGGGCAACGCCUACUUCUACCUGAAGGAGUACGCGCGGGCGCUGGAGUACCACAAGCACGAUCUGCUGCUGGCCCGGACCAUCGGUGACCGCAUGGGGGAGGCCAAGGCCAGUGGGAACCUGGGCAACACGCUCAAGGUGCUGGGCCGCUUUGAUGAGGCCGUCGUCUGCUGCCAGCGGCACCUGGACAUCGCCCAGGAACAGGGGGACAAGGUCGGGGAGGCGAGGGCUCUGUACAACAUUGGCAACGUGUACCACGCCAAGGGCAAGCAGCUGUCCUGGAGCGCCGCGCAGGACCCAGGGCACCUGCCACCUGCUGUCCGCGAGACGCUGCGCCGGGCUUCCGAGUUCUACGAGAGGAACCUGUCCCUGGUGAAGGAGCUGGGUGACCGGGCAGCCCAGGGCAGGGCCUACGGCAACCUGGGCAACACCCACUACCUGCUGGGGAGCUUCACGGAGGCCACGACCUUCCACAAGGAGCGCCUGGCCAUCGCUAAGGAAUUUGGAGACAAAGCAGCAGAGAGGAGAGCCUACAGCAACCUGGGCAACGCCCACAUUUUCCUGGGGCGCUUUGACGUGGCCGCCGAGUACUACAAGAAGACGCUGCAGCUGUCCCGGCAGCUCAAGGACCAGGCGGUGGAGGCGCAGGCCUGCUACAGCCUGGGCAACACAUACACGCUGCUGCAGGACUACGAGCGCGCAGCGGAGUACCACCUCCGGCACCUGCUCAUCGCCCAGGAGCUGGCUGACAGAGUGGGCGAGGGCCGGGCGUGCUGGAGCCUGGGGAAUGCCUACGUAUCCAUGGGGAGCCCAGCCCAGGCCCUGACCUUUGCUAAGAAGCACCUGGAGAUCUCCCAGGAGGUUGGGGACCGCAGCGGGGAGCUCACAGCCCGCAUGAACGUGGCGCAGCUGCAGCUGGCUCUGGGCCGGCUGGCCAGCCCGGCAGCCGCGGAGAAGCCAGACCUGGCCGGCUAUGAGGCCCAAGGAGCCAGACCCAAGAGGACGCAGAGGCUGAGCGCGGAGACCUGGGACCUGCUGAGACUACCCCUGGAGCGGGAGCAAAAUGGAGACAGCCACCACUCGGGGGACUGGCGGGGGCCUGGCAGGGACUUGCUCCCUCUCCCCGUGAGGAGCAGGAAGUACCAGGAAGGGCCCGACUCGGCUGAGAGGAGGCCGCGGGAGGGCGGCCACUCCCCACUGGACAGCGCGGACGUCCGGGUGCAGCUGCCUCGCACG